CUAGUACACCAGAACCUGCAGCCAAAGAUCUGAGUAUGGGUGGCUCACGUGGUUUGUCAACAUCUACACCCACUCCAGGCACCUCCCCAGCCAGUGCACUUGCGUCCCUUGGCUCACUGUCGGCAGGCAUUGGGGCAGCUACUACUCCUGGCAUAACUGAUCCACGGCGUAAACCAGGCUCAAAGCCUCGGCGAGUAAUUCAGAGUCCCUCACCAGUGACAGUGCUAGGGAACUCUGCACCAACUGCAACCAUUGGUGCCAGUGUUUCUCCCAGUCCCACUGGAUCACCAAGUGCCCCCCUGGGAAGUCUAGCUACCAGCAUCCCAGCAGCACCUAGCGCCUCUCUGGCCCAGCUGUUUGCUGCUGCAGAUGCACCACGUCCUGCCAGCCGCAGUGGCACUCUUCCUGCUGUGACAACUCCCACCCCUGCUGACACUGAUUCAGAAUCCCCCCCAAAGGAUUCUUCUCAUCGGGACAGUGGAUCAAGAUCGUCAUCUGCAGAAGGCCGACCUAGGAACCUAGGACGUGGUGUCUCUAAACCCAAGAAGAACACCGUUGCCUCCCUGUUGGCACAGAGCAGGGCGCUUGGCAUCAAACCAACACUGGACGCCACCUCUGGUAACGUGACAGUCAGUGUUGGGAAUACGGUUGCUGCUGCCGCUGCUGCUGCUGCUACUGCUGCAAGCAGUGUUGGAAGUGGCAGUGGUGGUAGCAGCAGCAGCACCAUUGGGAGCGGGAACACGAAUGGUGGUGGUAGUGGUGGUGGAGGAAGUGGAGGAGGAGGUGGAGGUGGAGGAGGCGGCAGCACCGGCGGCGGGGGCAGUGGUGGUAGCAGCAGCAGCAGCAGCAGCAGCAGUAGCAGCAGCAGCAGUAGUGGAGGUGGCAACAACAGCAUCGGUGUGACAAUGCUGACUCCAGCUGUCCCAGCCCCACCGCCGCAACACCAGCUUUCCCUCCUGAAGCCAAGUGUCCUGGCCAAGGCAGCUUCGCCGCCGGCAGAUCGUGAUCGAGAACCUGCUGAAGCAACUGAAGCUACUGCUAGUGUAACUUCGAGUGAAGAGGGAGAGAGGGCUUCCACUCCUGCCAGGGUUUCUACUCCUACGCCAACUUCAAUGAUUGGUGGCAGUAUUCCUGCACCUCUUACUCCUACUUUGAAUACAACAGAGGACAAAGAAGCCAAGAAGCGACCAUUGGAUGGAACAAAAACGGAGGAUACUAGCGGUCAAUCUAGUCGUCAGAGAACUGGUGAUGGUGUAAGUGAAGAUAGUAGUGCAGGUCCUGAUGUGAGCAGUGAUUCUUGCUCUGCAUCAGAAGCAUUUCCAUCUGACAGUGAAGAGGAUGGAGAGGAUGGCAUAGAGGGUGGCAAGCAGGAUGGAGAGGAAGGAGGCCCUGCUACCAAGCGUCGACGCCUUGAACAGGAUGAGAAAGAACUUCGAAUACCUUUGGAGCAAGGCUGGCGUCGAGAAACGGUAAUUUCUGGUGUUAGUCGUACGGGCGUAGUACGAGGGGAAGUCACUUAUUUUUCUCCUGAUGGACGACGUUUUAAACAGUAUCAUGAAAUAUUGAGGUUUCUCUGGAAGCAGAAUGUCACUGACCUUACCCGUGACAACUUCAGCUUUUCUUCAAAAGUGCUGCUGGGUGAUUUUCUGCAACCUGCAUCAAGUCCAACAGAAGAACCCUUGCGUCUGUCAGAGGAACAGGUUCUACGCCGUCUGGAAGAAAUACGUGCUGCUCUUGGUAGUGGCAGUCGUCAACGACAUAGUUCAGCUGCAAAGAUUGAACAAGCAAGACUUGCACAGGAGCAUAGGUUGGCCCAGCAAGCAGAAAGGGAGAAGGCUGCACAAGCGGCAAAGGAAGCCAAGCGUCUUGCCAAAGAAGAGGCUGCUCGCCAAAAGGAGCAAGUGAGGUUGUUGAAAGAACAGGAACGUUGUGAACGUCAAGAAGCUGUUCGCCGUGAACGUGAACAACGCAAUUUGCAGAUGAUGGAGGGCCGCAAACGACUCGCGUUCUCCUUGGAACAAAAGAUGCACAUCAUCCGAGAGAUAGAGCGCGGGCAAUCCAAAUCAGACGUGAGUCGCAAGCUAGGCUUUGCCCGCUCUACUGUCGCCACUAUCUGGAAGCAUCGUGCUGGUGUCCUCUCGGCAUGCCGUCAAAAUGGCAUCACGAUUCCUGAUGAUGCUGACAGCGAGGUGAUCCAUGCUUCAGCACGCCAGCAACAACGACAGCAGCAGCUGCAAAGGCAACAGAAAGAAGCCGCCAGUGCAAGAAAUUUUACCGGCUCGGACCGGAAUGCAAGCUUGCUGCUGGAAGCAGCUACGGAGAGGGAGCUGAAACGUCAGCAAGCAGUCCUCAUUAAAGAACAACUUUACAUGCAGGAACUGAACAAGCAGCGCGAGAUGCUGUACACAGUGGAGUUGGAACGAGAAAGGCGCCGGCAACAUAUGAUGCUUGUGAAGGCUCUGGAGGCAAGGAAGCGUAUGGAGGAGCGUGAGCGUCGCCGGCAGGAGGCACGUGCUGAGAAGGAAGCAUCUCGAGAACGUCGAGCUCAACAGCGGCGCCUCGAACUGGAGCUUGUACGAGAAAUGCGUAAACCUGCGGAAGACAUGGAACUAACUGAUCACAAACCACUUCCUACUCUCAAUAGAAUUCCUGGUCUCAAGCUCUCUGGACAAGCGUUUGCAGAUACUUUAAUGGUUUUUGAGUUCCUCCACAACUUUGGAGAAACUCUUGGUUUUGAUAUGGAAAGCCUUCCGAGUCUCAAUAGUUUGCAGAUGGCACUGUUAAAUGAUGAAGAAGCGGAAGAAGAAUUGUUGUCCGUUAUGACCCACUUGUUAGUGUGUGCAAUUGAAGAUCCUGGCAUACCCAAUCCAGCACGGCACACAACUCUUCUAGGGCAGUCCCUCAAGCAGGCAGACAUAACACAUGCUAAUAUAUCAGAAAUACUUCGCAUUUAUCUUUAUGCAAAUGCUACUGGUGAAGUAAAGGCCCUUACAGGACUUCACUUUGAACGAGAUCGUGAAAAAAAGUCAGAUCAUCAUAACUCUUUCAGUAGUGAUACUAAUAAUGCUUCUGGAAAAGAUGGGGCCUGUACUACUGGUGGAACUGGAAGCUGCACUGGCUCAAGUUCUUCAGGGUCUGGGAAGAAUGCUGCAUUUUUUGAACAGUUGCAUGAUAAUGCCACAUGGCGUAUGUCAGAGUGGUUGCAGGAGAAACCAUUUUUAUCUCUUAAUCCAACUCAGAAAGCAGCAAUUCUUGCAUUCCUAUGCAAUGAACUUCUACAGAACAAAGCUGUUCUACGUCAAGUGGAUGGAUCUUUGGAAACUGUGGCACAACUAAGGAAGGAUCGCUGGCUUCUGGAUACAAAGUUACGAAAGUUGAAGAUGAUCCAGGCCAGGAAACUUCGGCAGGCUGCUCUUCAGUGUACUCCUAAUAAAAACCUUAGUGAUGGUGCCUGUGGAGGAGGUGUAGCAAGCUCUGCAAGCACACCAGCAAGUCAUCAUGGAGCAGCAGAAGAAUCUGCAUCAGAAUCUGGAGACAAAGCAUCUGACAAGGCAGGUGAUAAAGUUACGCCUGGAAAAGAUACUGCAGCCGAACCAGAUGCUGAUGAAGACAAUGAAGAUGAGGCUGAUGAAGCAGAAAGUGGCAAUGAGAGUGAAGGAACGCAACCGGAGGAGGAAGAAGAUAAGAAUUUGAGUGUUGAAGAGCUUCACCGGAAGCUAGAGCGCCUUUCACGUCAAAGUGAGGCUGCUCUCCAGUCCUUAGCCAACUCAGCACAGCAACUUCGUGCUACAUGUUUUGGACAGGAUAGGUUUUGGAGGAGAUAUUGGGCACUUCCAUGUGCUGGUGGUGUCUUUGUAGAAGCUAUGGAAUCAGCAGAACCUGAAGAACAUCGACUAGCUGAGCAAGCCGACCUUGAACCACCAAAGCCUAAGGAAGAGAAGAAGGAAGACAAUAAGACAAAAGAUGACAAAGAAGAAAUGGAGGAGUUGACUUCAGAUGGAGAAAAUGACCAUAGGAAAACUCCAUCUCGGGACAGUUUGCCUCCAAUAUUGAAAGAAGAGAAUGGUGACACAAAGUUGGAAGAGGAGGAGGAGGAUGAUGAUGAUGAUGAAGAAGAUGAUGAUGCAAGGCCAUUAAAGCAAGAGAAAAUGGAUGUUGAAGAAGAGGAGUUGCUAGAAAAUGGUGACAUAGAAAGGACUCCAGCCAUUGAAGAAAUGAAUGGGGUGGAUUCUGAUGAUGCCAAGGCAAAAGAUGAAGAAAAGUCAGAUAUAGAUGAACCUUCGUCUAAGAAGAUAAAACUUGAAAAACUUCAAGAUACCAGUAGUGAUCUCAGUGUAAUGAAAGUGGAGAUAAAAAGUGACUUAUUUGAAGCAGAAUUGAGUGGAUGUAAAACGGAGGAUAAAUCAUGUGAUGAUCCAGUAUCUCUUCUUGCCAAUCGACCAGUUCAAUUUGAACGAUUAGGCGAGUGUAUGGAGAAAGCCAAUACUGCUGCUGCUAAUGGUGCAAGUGGUGACACAUCUAAUCCUGUUAUUGUCCCCAACGGGGAUAAAUUUAAUGCAUUAAACCAUUUGUAUACUCUGGGAGUUUUCAACAAUGGCAAGGACUUAAAUGGUGGAGCAGCUAGUAGUUCAGCAAGUUGUUUCUUGUUAGGGGCAGGUGCUGGAGGUGGUGAACGAAACUGGUUUAGCAUACUACCUCGAGAUGCUUGUGAUGGAUCAUCUCUAUCAAAUGGGUCUGUUACUCCCAGCGCAUCUCCAUUCAGUGCUGGAGCAAGUGGAGCAGAGCUGCGAAUACCAGUGUUCCCUCCACCAUCUCGAUUGUCAUCACCAUCACCUAGCCAAUGUGAUUCACCUGCCCCACUUAUUCUCACUGCUGAGGAAAUGGUGCAACUGGAGCAGUUGAAACGAUCUGGAGGUCUUCCAGAACCUGGAGAGCGACAACCUGUGCCUCUUGAACUUCGUCGAGGUUGGUGGCGAAUAACAGACCGUGACCAGCUGCAGACUAUUUUGGAAAGUCUCCAUUCCCGCGGUGUCCGUGAAAGAGAACUUAAGAGGAUAGUGGGUCGAUUCCUGGACCAUGCUCUUGAAUCAUGUGGCAAGCAGACAGUAUUACCUGGCUGUGGAGGAGAGGGACGUGGGGAGCGUGAACAUCGUGGCAGUCUUAGUGGAAUGGCAAGUACAAGUUCAGCAGGCCCGGGUGCUGUGGAUUUAGCCAUAACAGAAGCAGACAGUAAGGUCUCAGCCCUUCCGGGAGGUGCUCCUCUUCAAGACAAACCAUCAGAUUGGAGCCCUCAUGUAGCUCUCCGGGUAGACCUGCAGUUACUAGAGCAGGUUGAAGCCCUAGAAGAUAAAGUUGCCAAUGCCAGCAUGCAGGUUAAGGGUUGGAAGGUGCCACAACGAGCCACAACAGAGGAGGGGGUCUCUUUCAGACCAGCUUGUGUGCCUUUAGAUGGCCCUAAUGACACAAGAAAAGACCCUGUUGCAUUAGCCAAGGAACGACUUCUAUCUUUGGAGGCAGCUAUUGAGCGGAGAUAUCUGCGGCCACCUCUUGGAAUCAGCACUGGAGAUGUAACUCUUCCGGGUCUAAAUGCUUCCACAAGUGGCUCUGGAAGUGGAGACGGCAAUUCAGGAGGCAACUCCGGAUGUGGGUCAUCUGCAUCUGGUUCCUCAGCUGGUGCUACUUCUGCUGGUGGCAGUGGAAGCAGCAUGCCCUGCAUUGGAAACCUUGGUCCUGAAGCUGAUCUGCCCAAGGGGCUUGUGGUGUGGCGGGAUGCAGUGACGCGAGCCAGAACAUCUGCCCAGCUUGCCAUGGCACUCUACUCUCUGGAGGCAUCUGUAGCCUGGGAUAAGAGCAUCAUGAAAGCAAAUUGCCAGUUUUGUCACUCAGGGGACAAUGAAGAUAAGCUUUUACUGUGCGAUGGUUGCGACAAGGGUUAUCAUACCUACUGCUUCCGACCAAAGAUGGAACAAAUUCCAGAUGGUGACUGGUACUGCUUCGAAUGCAUGAAUAAGGCAACUGGGGAGCGCAACUGCAUUGUAUGUGGAAAACGCCGCAACCUGGUAGUCUGUGAAGCAUGUCCACGUGCUUAUCACACAGAUUGUCUUCAGCCUGCUUUAGCCAAAGUGCCACGAGGCAAGUGGUUCUGUUCAGGAUGUGCAACUCGUGCUCCUCGGAGACGUGGUGGUGGUGGUAGUGGCUCUGGUCGUAAGCCACGUGGCUCGGCAACGCCAUCAACUUCCCAUGCUAAUACCGAAAAAGCUUCAGAGAGAGCAGAGAAGCAUCGAGAUAGUGAAAGCAGUGAUCAUGCUGCUCCUACAAGAUCAUAUCUUAGUGCUCUUGAAAUUAUAGAAAAUAUUUUCGUAAAUCCACUGUUGUGGUUCUUGUCUCAUCUCACCAAGGCAAAAAUUGUAAUUGAUUUAUUUAAAAAGAGAGUAAAAUUGUUAAUAUUUACUAUUCCUCCAAACACAUCAUCUGGUGAUGACCACACCCAAGGUGCACCAGGCACACCUGGUGCAUCUCCCAGCCCUCACACGUCUGGGAGUGCCUCUGGCCGCAAGGAUCGGGGGAAAGAUAGUGGCUCCUCUUCUUCUACCCCAACUGGCAGCUCGAGCUCAGGAGGCCAGUCAACUGGGAGCAGUAGCGGCAUGAGCAAAAAACUAGCUCGAGAUUUGAAUCCUUGCAAGGCCUUGCUGGAAGAUUUAGAGGCCCAUGAUGAAGCAUGGCCAUUUUUAUUGCCCGUUAAUACAAAACAGUUCCCCACAUAUCGGAAAAUCAUCCGUUCACCUAUGGAUCUUAGUACCAUCAAACGCAAAUUACAAGAUGCUGUGUACAAAUCACGUGAAGAAUUUUGCGCUGAUGUUCGCCUAAUCUUCAAUAACUGUGAGACUUUCAAUGAAGAUGAUUCUCCAGUAGGAAAAGCAGGCCAUUCAAUGAGAUCUUUCUUUGAAACAAGAUGGAGUGAAAUAAAUGGAACACAUGCUAAACCUUCUACAUCUUCAUCUUCGUCAGCAUAAACAGUUUAAAAGCAUCGAAUUUACCAAUGUCCUUUUAAAUACCCAGGAUGACAUUGACUAUUGGAAUUCUUUGCCAGUUAAGGCAGAAACAUGGUGUAUAUGCAGUACAGGAACCUAAUACGGCCUUGUUAGUAAUGAAACACUUGAUGUAAAUUAGUACCAGAGUGAUUGCUGUGCCUGAAAUUAUAUUGGAAGUCUUGUAUCACUGGUACAGAAAAUGGAGAAAUGUAAUCGUGACAAACUGAAAUCAUUUAAGAUUAUAAAAGAAAAUUGUGUUCUAUGUCAUCUGAUAAAACUUGCACAAGGAAACAAUUGGUCAGUGAAAUCUUGUUUCUGCUAUCGUGUGCUAUCCCCUGACAUCGACUAUAAUAACAAUGGCAAUUACAAAGAUGUAAAGUAGCAGGGAUGUCAUAAGUGUUGUGUUUACUGACCACAGUUAACAACUUUCUACGUGCUGUUGAAGAUGAGCUCUCUAUGUCACUUAAAAGAAGACUGCUUGUGAAAAGUAUUUUUCCACCUUAGUUCAUUCCACUUAUCUUAAUUUUUUUAACUGUACUUUUGAUUCCUGAGAACAACAGUCUGUUUCGUGUGUAUGUGAAUGUAUGUGUGGUGUACAUGCAGCAUGAAGGGAGAACUGAGGAGGAAAGUAGUACGUCCUUUGGUUGUACAUUGUCAUCGAAUUUUUGUUUUUACUGAUUUAUAUUUUUAAAUAGCUCUGAAACAGUGAUGAGAGACUUUGCUCUGCAGUUGUGUAAAAGUUGCAUGUAUAUGAUAAGGUGGCUGCAAAAACUUUUAGAAUAUUGUGCCACUGAAAAAGAGCUAGGUGUGGAAGUGAAAGUGUGAUGUAGAUUAUACGUGUGUAUAUGAAUUUAUGAAGUGUGUUAUAAACUGCAGAGAAAUGAUGACAGAGUGGGAGUGUUCUCUAGGGUACUUCAAAUCGCUGUCUGUUGCUUGUUAGCCUCAGUUUCCCAGAAACAGAGGCUUGUGUUCUUCUUAGAUGCAAAUAUAAAUUUUGGUCACACAUGUAUCAACAGACUCAAUAAAGAAGAUGUGUUAUGCAGUGGAUUGUAGUCCUUUACUAACCUUUUAUGCAUAUCUUGUGCAAAUAAAAUUAUAUUAUGAUCAUCCAUAGUUCAUCCUUCCAAUAAAAGUGAAUACCUAAUUGAAUAGUUUUUAGUGUACAUUGAGUAGUACAUUGAGAGAAUUUUAGGAAAGAAGAAAAUAUACACAAACUAUGAAAAAUAUCAAUUUUAUAUUUGAGUAAAAUUGAUUUUUUUAAAAUUAUUUUAUAGAAAACAAGUAUUUUUUGUCAAGAAAAAUGAGAAUAGUCAUUAUAAAGAAGUAAAUCCCUUAUAGAUCUUAAAAUAAAAUAAUGCUACAUUAUUUGAGGACUUGUCUAAAUACAGA